CACACAAAGCUACAUUUUGUAAUUACCAAGAGAAUUAUAAAACAGUCUUUAGAAAUGUCUGUAGCGAGCGACUUGGCCAUUACAGAAAGAAGAGGAAAACCCAUAGGGACCGCUUACGCGAGCCACCUAAUUGCUAUUCUCUCUCUUUUUCUUUUUUCUUUUUUUUCUUUUUUUUUUUGCUAAUUAUCAAUUAAUUUAAUCACUCGAUAUUCCAAUAAAAAUCUUCUUCCGAGGAUUUUUCUCUAUUUAAUCAAUUGCUCCAUCUGUCUUUCAUGGAAGCUUUUCUCUAAUCUUAGAUAAUUUUUUCUGUUUGUUUACUGAGAAUUAGAUUAUUAAAAAAAGUCUUUUUCGGUAGAAUUUAGCACUACUUGCUGCGUUUCUGGACGAGCGGUGAGGAUGACUACCCCAUCAAGGAAGAGACUGAUGAGGGAUUUUAAGAGGCUGCAACAGGAUCCUCCUGCUGGGAUUAGUGGUGCUCCUCAAGAGAAUAAUAUUAUGCUAUGGAAUGCUGUUAUAUUUGGGCCUGAUGACACACCAUGGGAUGGAGGUACGUUCAAAUUGACACUUCAGUUUACAGAAGAUUAUCCUAAUAAGCCCCCAACAGUGUGUUUUGUUUCUAGAAUGUUCCAUCCAAAUAUUUAUGCAGAUGGAAGCAUUUGUUUGGACAUCCUACAGAAUCAGUGGAGUCCUAUUUAUGAUGUGGCAGCCAUACUAACAUCAAUCCAGUCAUUGCUCUGUGAUCCAAAUCCAAAUUCUCCUGCAAAUUCAGAAGCUGCACGGAUGUUUAGUGAGAACAAGAGGGAAUACAAUAGGAGAGUACGGGAAAUAGUUGAGCAGAGUUGGACGGCUGAUUAAUUUCCUAGUUUGGCAGCAGAACUUGAAAAGUCCUUCUCUACCCUGUUUAAAUAACAAUGAACUCGGAAUUGUGAUUGCAUGUGCUUGCUAUAUAGUAUGGAUAUGUUUGGCCUCUUUAUUGCAAUGUUUCCUCUACCUACUUAUGUUGAACUUUGUUUGCAAUUUACUUUUUGGAAAGGUAAGAAAGGAGAACUUGUUCACCUUAUUUGCUUGGACUAAAGAGGGCGGUAAAUUGCUUGCUAUCUUUAGUUUAGCCUGGGUUUUUAGUCCACAACAGCCUUUUGUUCUUAACCUCAAGUUACAGAGACAAUCGGUUGCUUGUACUUUUAGUUAAGGAUGUACAAGACAGGAAAACUGCAGAAAAUGCUUGGGGGUAAAAAUGGAUUUUAAGAUA